AUGAAGACUGUUGUUGCCCUCACCUUCGUCGGUGCCGCUCUGGCAGCCCCUACCAAGACUAUCGAGAGUCGCACACUCGGAGACUUGGGUAGCGGCUUGGGUGGUCUAGGCAGCCUGAGUAGCCUAGGUAGUGGCCUUGGAGGUCUGGGUGGCGCUUCCAGCGGUAGCAGCACCGGCAGCGGCUUCGGUGCACUCACCUCGCUCAUUCCCAGUGUCGGAAACCUGGGAUCGCUCGGUUCUCUCGGCGGUCUCGGCGGAUCCAGUGGCAGCUCUGGACUUGGAUCGCUGGGCUCUUUGGGCUCCUUGGGCUCGCUGGGUUCAGGUCUGGGAGGUCUCGGAGGUGCCUCUUCUGGUUCGAGCUCUGGCACUAGCUCUAACACGGGCGCCAGCGGAAGCUCUACCGUAGACGCGAGCGCCAGUGCCAGUGCCAGUGCCAGUGCCGAUGCUAGCUCGAAUGCCAGCUCUGGCUCCAGUGUGGGUGGCUCAGGUAGCUCAGGUAGCUCAGGUCUCGGCUCACUUGGCUCACUCGGAUCUCUGGGAGGUCUCGGAAGUCUUGGAGGCCUUGGAUCAGGUUCGAAGAAUUCCUCUUCUGGUUCUGAGGUCGCUGGUUCAGGCUCGGCGGACGGUCAUACUAAACGCCAGUUCACAGGCUCCGUUACGGCCAACGAUGUCACCAACAAGGCCAGCUGCAAGGAGCUGACUUUUAUCUUCGCACGUGGAAGUGACGAGAUUGGCAACAUGGGCUCCGUGGUUGGCCCUCCCGUGGCCAGUCAGCUGCAGUCUCUGACUGGCAACAAGGUCAACGUGCAGGGUGUUGAUUAUGCCGCAACAGCAGCGAGCAAUGCCGCUCUGGGUGCCAACGGCGGUCCUGUCAUGGCGAAUUUGGUCGAGACUGCUUUGAAGCAGUGCCCCGACACCAAGGUUGUCAUUGGCGGUUACUCCCAGGGUUCAAUGGUCGUGCACAACGCUGCCAACAGCUUGGGUGCUGAUAAGGUGGCCGGUGCGGUCCUGUUUGGCGACCCAUUCAAGCUGCAAGCCGUUGGCAAGCUACCCCAGAACAAGGUCAAGGAGUACUGUGCUCUCGGCGACCCCGUCUGCGAGAAUGGUGCCAACGUGAUGGCGCAUCUCAGCUACGGAAGCAACGCCAAGGAGGCUGCUCAGUUCCUUCUGCAGGCUGCUGGCAUCUCUGCAUCUGCUUAG